CAAGCCAUUUUGGCGCAAGCUGGUCUGGCUCAGGGCCUUCGGGGCGGAAAGCGCGAGCGCGCCGAGGCCGCGCAAGCCGGGGGAGAGAUGGGCAAGUACUCGAGGGAGGCGGCCAACCCCAGCAAGGCCUGCAAGGCCAAGGGCGUGGACCUCCGUGUCCACUACAAGAACACGUACGAGGCCGCCCAGGCGAUCAAGGGCAUGAACUUGAAGGCCGCGCAGGCGUACCUCCAGGACGUGUGCGAGAAGAAGCAGUGCGUCCCCUUCAGGAAGUACACCGGCUGCAUCGGGCGCACCCCCCAAGCGAAGGCGUUCAAGAUGUCGCAGGGCCGGUGGCCGGUGAAGUCUGCGAAGAUCCUGCUGGGCCUCCUGCAGAACGCGGAGAGCAACGCCGACUUCAAGAACCUCGACACGGACAACCUGUUCGUCAAGCACAUCCAGGCUUCAGUCGGGUAUGUCCUGUGUACAGGAGUAAUAUCCAGGAAUGGUGAGGAAAUAGUCUGGGGACGAUUAUUUGUGCUCUGUUGAUGUUUGCUCUGAUUUGUUUGGCUAUUUUAUCAACUGUUCUGCCAAAGCCGCCUGUGGGAGGACAUGCCCGACCUAAGUCCAGGUGAACCCCGCACAGCAGGGCCGGCGCAAAACCUACCGGGCCCACGGACGCAUCGGGCCGUACAUGUCAAACCCGUGCCACAUCGAGAUGAUCCUAGAGGAGAAGGACGAGUCGGUGGAGGCUCCCGCCGAGGAGACGAAGCCGAAGAAGUUCACCAAGAAGCAGAUGGCCAAGCGCCGCCUCCAGAUCGGGGGGGGUGCCUGAGUGCUCUCCGACCUCGAGGAAAGCCCGGCCACCCCACGCCGCGCGCAGGAA